AUGGAGGAAGAUCGUCGGAAACAUGUGCUGACAUCCCGGCGAACCACUCUGCUUGCGUCUCUAGGAAGAGCGGAGAAGUUCAUGCUGCAGUACCAGGAGGAACGGGACAAGCUCGAGGUCGAUCUGCGAUUGGAGAAUCUUGACGUGAUCCUUCAAGGAAUAGAGGAAGUGCAGACGGAACUGGAGGACAUGGAGGACACCAACGAAGGCAUGGGUCUGAAACUGCCUACCAUUUCAUUGCCUGAAUUUUCUGGGGACUACAAAGACUGGCUUGCGUUUCACGACACUUUCCUGGCUCUUAUCCAUGCGAAUCCGGAUGUGGCGGACAUCCAGAAAUUCCACUACCUAAGGGCUGCUAUCAAGGGAGAAGCAGCUCAGUUAAUCGAGUCAGUUGGAAUCAGUGCUGCUAAUUAUUCGCUCGCUUGGGAAGCUCUUGUCAACCGAUAUGCUAACAAGUACCUCCUGAGGAAACGUCAUCUUCAAGCGUUGUUGGAGUGCCCAAAGAUGAAGAGAGAGUCAGCGUCCGUCUUGCAUACCAUCGUCGAUGACUUCGAGCGACACGUCAAAAUUCUAGGUCAGUUGGGUGAACCAGUAAAUUCGUGGAGUACCAUAUUGGAGCACAUCCUCUGUACGCGACUGCACGAUGACACCUUGAAGGCAUGGGAGGAUCACGCUUCCACUCUGGACGCAGUAACUUACGAGCGACUGAUCGAGUUCCUGCAACGUCGUAUGCGUGUAUUGGAAUCGAUUUCCGUCAACCAACACUAUUCGUCUGUUCCAGCCGAAACCCAAUUCAAACCUCCGUUUUCGAAAAGAUCGUUUCCAACUAAAGUCUCGUCCCAUGCUGCCGUCGAAAAUUCUCCUAUGAAGUGCUACGCCUGCGAUCAACGUCAUCCUUUAGUAAAGUGCUACAAAUUCGAAAAGCUUCCAAUUUCCGAAAAGUUGAACCUUCUUAAUGCCAAGCGUCUCUGUCUCAAUUGCUUCCGCAACGACCACCUCGCUCGAAAUUGUUCGUCGAAGUACAGCUGCAAGUUCUGCCAGAAACGCCACCACUCCCUCAUCCAUGCAGCCUACGUGGAUAGGUCCAAACAAUCCAGCGCAAAUGUCAACGCUUCCUCUUCUGUUAGUUCUUCUAGGACAUCCGUUCAAACCAACGUAGCCGCUUCCGAGGCAGUUCCGUUGCUGUCCGCAUCGACAUUGGUGAGAUCCCAAAAGCAAGUGUGCAGUAUCCCGAUGCAAAGUUGCGGUAGAAACGUUUUCAUGCUCACCGUACUGCUGAAAAUCGUCGACUGUUAUGGUGAAGAGCAUUUUGCCAGAGCUCUUUUGGAUUGCGCUUCCCAACCGAACAUCAUCUCCGAAAAUUUAGCUCAAAUUCUGCGGCUAAAGCGAAACAAGGUGAAUGUUCUGAUCCAUGGAGUAGGAGAGAAGCCGCAACACGCUCGCAACUCUGUCCGUACGCAAGUUCGUUCCCGGAAAGGAGAAUUCAUCCUAGAUGUCGACUUCUUGGUUCUGAACAAGGUCAUCCCGAACCUUCCGUCUCGUGACGUCUCCAUUGAAGACUGGAAUCUACCCCAGGACCUGUUCUACGCCGAUCCAAUCUUCCACAAGAGCUCCGGGAUUGAUUUGAUAAUCGGCAAUGCGCAUUUCUUCUCUUGCUUCAAGACUGCCGCUAGAAUCCAACUGUCCGAUUCACUUCCGUUGCUUGUCGAUAGUGUAUUCGGUUGGAUCGUCUCUGGUACCGCCCACGCUGCCACAAAUGCCCACGAUGCGUCCACCUGCUCCGUUACGACCGUUUCACUAAUGUCCCUCGAAGAAAGCCUGGAACGAUUUUGGGAAAUCGAAGAACUGCCAGCUCGAUCCUCCUAUUCACUAGAGGAGAAGAAAUGUGAUGAAUUUUACACAUCCACGGUUACCAGAAACAGCGAAGGACGAUACGUAGUGCGACUACCACGCAAAUCCAACUUCGACGAGCUAGUUGGAGAAUCGAAGGCCACCGCUCUACGACGAUUCGAACUUCUUGAACGCAGGCUUGACCGAGAUGCCCACCUGAAAGAAGAGUACUGUAAAUUUAUGCGAGAGUACUUAGAGUUAGGGCAUAUGCGUUUGGUUCCCGAGAAAGAAGCAAGCAAGUCGAAGGAAUGCUUCCUGCCCCACCACCCAGUGCUAAAAGAGGCCAGCACGACGACAAAGGUACGUGUCGUCUUUGAUGCUUCCGCCAAGACUUCUACGGGGCACUCACUGAAUGAAGCAUUACUUGUAGGGCCUGUAGUACAGGACGAUAUUCUUAAUAUCAGCCUUCGGUUUCGAACCUUCCCAGUAGCGGUUGUGGGUGACGUCGAGAAGAUGUACCGCCAGGUCUUGAAUCACGAAGACGAUACACCACUCCAAGAAAUACUGUUUCGAUUCAGCAAAUUCGAUCCAGUGCAAACUUACCGUCUCCUGACAGUUACGUAUGGCAUGGCUCCGUCUGCAUUCCUCGCUACGCGCACGCUGCUGCAGUUGGCCGACGACGAAGGUGAUGCCUAUCCGCUGGGAGGACCAGCACUCAGGAAAGGAUUCUACGUAGACGAUUUCAUUGGAGGUGCCCAGUCGGUUCAAGAGGCUAUCCAGUUGAGGACCGAAUUGGGAGAGUUAAUGGCGAAGGGUGGAUUCUGCUUGAGGAAAUGGACGUCGAACAGUCUGGAAGUGCUGCAAGGACUAGCUGUUGACCAAAUCGGAACUCAGUCCUCUCUGAAAUUCGACAAGGACGAAACAAUCAAGGCAUUGGGAAUCAGCUGGGAACCUGAACUCGACGUGUUCCGUUUUGAGACCAUACUUCGACCGACCCAAGGACCACCUACCAAAAGGAGCAUUUUAUCUGGGAUAUCGCAGCUAUUCGACCCCCUCGGAAUAGUUUCUCCUGUCGUAAUCCGUGGCAAAAUGCUGAUGCAACUCCUGUGGCUGCAAUCGUCUGGCUGGGACGACGAGGUUCCUGAAUCGGUCGCUAAGAAAUGGGAGAAGUAUGCCGAACAACUACCGAAGCUUUCCGAGUUCCGGGUACCACGCUACGCGUUGCUUCCAAACGCUACCAUCCAGCUGCACACAUUCUCCGAUGCAUCCGAGGCUGCCUACGGUGCAUGCACAUACGCUCGAUCCGUUGACUCCCAGGGCAAUGUUGCUGUUCAUCUACUAGCAUCGAAAUCCCGAGUGGCACCACUGAAACGCGUCAGCCUUCCCCGAUUGGAACUUUGUGCCGCAGAUCUAGCUGCAAAGCUCUUCGUCAAGGUAUCCGAAGCACUGCAAAUUGACAUUUCCGCUUCAUACUUUUGGUGCGACUCCACAGUCACUCUCCAAUGGCUCAAGGCUUCACCCAACACCUGGAAAACAUUUGUGGCCAACCGUGUAUCCGCAAUACAAUCGGCUACCCACGGAGCGCGCUGGAACCACGUAGCCGGCAAACACAAUCCUGCCGAUAUGGUAUCGCGAGGAAUGGAUACCACCAAUUUCGUCGAAUGUGCAUUGUGGAAGCACGGACCCAGCUGGUUGUCCUUUCCCGAACAGCAAUGGCCAAGUGAAAGCCUACCUGAAUAUCCAGAGGACGGAAAGGAGCGUCGCAAGCUUGUCGUAGCAGUAACCAGAGCCGAAUCUACUAUCAAUCCGCACUUCAUCCGAUUCUCGUCGCACACUGCAAUAAACCGUGUAACCGCUUACUGCCUUCGCUUUGUCCGCCACUGUCGUGAAAGGAUUCGUAAGCAGCCCCCCAGUGCGGGUCAACGUCUCAGUAAUCUGCUUACAAGAGACGAACUUACCGCUGCCCAGUCGGUUCUCGUCAAGCAAGUUCAGGCCGAUGGUUUCAAGGAAGAGCUCAAAGACCUUCGCAAAAGCAACACCGUUUCGAAGAAGUCCUCGAUUCACUUACUAAGCCCCUUUCUCGACCCUGAAGGCAUAAUUAGAGUGGGAGGGAGAUUGAACCUGUUAGAGCAGCCCUAUGUAAACAAACACCCUAUCCUCCUACCGAAUCCUCACCCAUACACAAGCCUUCUUGCCAAAUUCUACCAUCUACAACUAAUUCACGGUGGCGGCCGACUCACACUGGCCUCCAUGCGGGAGAAAUUCUGGCCAACGAAUGGGAGACGACUCAUCAGGAGCAUUAUCCGUGCAUGUUUUCGCUGCGCCCGAGCAAGUCCCGUUCCAGCCACCCAGCAACUAGGACAGCUUCCAGUUCACCGCAUCAGUCCCAGCCGUCCAUUCAGCGUAACCGGUGUAGAUUUUGCGGGACCGUUAUACCUCAAACCGAACCACAAAAGAGCACCUGCAACCAAGGCGUACAUCUGCAUUUUCGUCUGCUUUUGUACCAAGGCGGUGCACAUAGAGCUGGUAGGAGACUUGUCGACCCCAGCUUUCCUGGCAGCAUUGCGCAGAUUUACGUCGCGUCGAGGCCGGCCAACAGACAUCUACUCCGACAACGGCAAGAAUUUUGAAGGAGCGAAAAAUGACCUGGAGGAAAUUCACCGUCUGCUAAAACGAGAAAAGAAAGCUGAUGAAAUGCAUACCUUCUGCACCGAUGAAGGAAUCAACUGGCAUUUGUGUCCACCAAAAGCGCCUCACUUUGGUGGACUAUGGGAGGCUGCAGUGAAGGUUGCCAAAAAACAUCUUUACUGUCAGCUGGGAAAUUCUCGACUUUCGUUCGAAGCAAUGACGACGCUGCUGACUAGAGUCGGUGUAUAA